AUGCAGUUCCUGUUUACCACGGACGACCCGGGCAUGACUGCUGCUUGGCAGGGCUUUCGCAAGGUUUGCGGGAACGAGCUAGUAACUCGCAAACGGCAGCCCAGAACUUUGGACUUCGCCAGUAUUGGUCCAGCUCCACUUUUUAAAGAAAUGGAGUUAACUUCCUUUUCAGACCUGCGAAAGCUUGAUCUUGAUGUGCCAGUGAUCCUGUGCAUAAAAAAGUAUUUUCUGGUGAGCUUAAAGCCCGAAAGCCAGGCGAAAAAAGAAGUGCAGCCGCACGUGGACGCGAGGAGACGUGAUCGCUCCGGCCACCCAUUGCGCCCGCCAACCCCGGACCGGUUCCUCCGCGACCGGUGCUGCGUCGCCGGCUAUUUCUCAUUCAUUGUCAUUUCGGCGAGAAAAGAGUCGCUUUGGCCGGCCGCCAGUAGGCCGCGGCUGCUCGGGCUCCCGCGAAAGCCAGUUCGCGGCGAAAGCGCGCCGAACCGAACAGAGCCGAACGGAGCGGAGCGGAACGGAACGGAACUGACGGAACUGAGCCGAACAGCAGAGAGCACAGCAACGGAACUGAGCCGAACAGCAGAGAGCACAGCAACGGAACUGAGCCGAACUGCAGAGAGCACAGCAACGGAACGGAGCCGAACAGCAGAGAGCACAGCAACGGAACGGAGCCGAACAGCAGAGAGCACAGCAACGGAACGGAGCCGAACAGCCGAGAGCACAGCAACGGAACGGAGCCGAACAGCAGAGAGCACAGCAGCCCACAGGGUAAGAAAUUUCUGCAACAAAAAAUUUUUACCGGUUGCGGAUCCAUUUUUGGAGAAGGUUAACAUCGCCGACCUAGAGUCACCGUUACAUCGUGCGUGGGUGUGCGCACGCGUGUGCACGUGUGUGUGUGUGUGUGUGUGUGUGUGUGUUGGUGUUGCCCGAGGCCGUGGCAAUGGCACCGGCGGGGGCGGCAGAGGCCGAGACGGAGACGAGCGAGGCGCUUCGACGGGUGUCCGCGCCCGCCCGCGGGAGAAAAUAGAGAGGGCAGCGGGGGACGGGCGGCGCUGCUGGCACGCGCCCCGGGGCGGGAGGCCUCCGCGGCGGCGGCGGCGGGCCGGCCGACCGACCUCCACCCUAAAUAACCCGCGGCCUGCGGGCGCUGGACCGCGCGGGCCUCCCCGCCCUCCGCGCACGCUGCCGCCGCCGCCGCCGCCGCCGCCGCCCCGACCCCCUCAGUCCGCGCCGCACCACUAG